AUGGCGUCAAAGCAACGUCCAUCAGUCCUGGUUACGGACGCGAGACAGAGACCACCCCAAAGAAGAGUUCUUCAACGACAAGACACUGGUGCAGGCGCUGGCGGAUCUCAGGCACCAAUGCGAUUCAUGACCGUCGACAAUGUUCUUCAGUACAACUCUCAAAUCCCUUCCGGCCAGCCACGCGGUCCCCCAGCACCGGUUCCUCAUGGACGACACCCAGGACCCGCAGGCGGUGCCCUAAGUCGCCGAGUCUCUUCAGGCGGUCUACCCAAUGCUCAGUCUCGCACCGGCCAGCCAAUGCCCUCGAGAACGACAAAGAUAAGCGAGAAGCUGGUCCUUCUUCCUGAAACAGGCGAUAACGACGAUGACGUCGACGAGGAAAUCGAGAGCGAGUCGGUGCUCGCGCGCCGCGUACACGAUGAUGAGAAUCGACCUCUGAAGGACGAAGAAUUGGAUGUCCUCAAGAAACGCGGCGGGAUCCGCGGAAAGAGUUUUGCUGAGAGACUGUCCAAAAUGCAGAGAACAGAUAAGGUUAGCAGACUGACAGCCUACUGUACUGCACAAGCCUACAAGAUUAAGCCGACUGCCGAGUUCCUGCGCAAGAAACAUGAGGCUAAAACAAAAAUUUACGACGACUGUCUAUACGUCAUCUACGCCUUGCCGCUCCUUAACGGUACUGAUGGUUAUCGAGUACGAAGCCGACCUAUUCUCAAGACUCCUGGAACUGGAAAGACGGUACUAGACCUGGAAAUCGAACGCAGUGAGCAACGGGACCACCAUGAGGGAUACUUCGAGGAUGAUGCAUACGAAAACCCUAGUCCUGAGCGUGGCCAUGAAAUGCCUUCUCACUUGACUGACCGCCCAUCAACUCCUGAGCGCAGCAACCCCUUCCGCCACGACGAUGAUGUCUCAUCCAUGAACCGACUUGCGCCCGACGCGAAGAAUUUUGCUGAAAUGUUUGUCUACUCCUACGGUGUCGUUGUCUUCUGGAACUUCACCGAGCACCAGGAGAAGGAUAUCCUUGCCGACUUAACAUUUGCCGAUGCGGACGCUACGGAGAAUGGCGCUACCAGCCUUCUCACUCGACCCUUGGACCAGGAGGACUAUGAGACCGAGGAGUUCCACUUCGAGUACAGCGCUGAUAUCAAGCGUCCUCGCAUCUUUAACGAUAUGAUCACUCUGCUGCCACGAUCUGACCAUAUGAUCAAACUCACCAUCAGCCAUGCUAUUGCACAAAGUACGCGGCUGUGUUUCUUUGAAGAACGCAUGAGUGAGACUAUGAUAAGUGCUCAGCAUGUACCCAAGACGCUGGCUCUAACAGGAGAGCUUAACAUGACACGCACUGAAAUCGUGCGUAUGUUGGGCCAACUCUUCAAGAGCCGGGUCGACAUCAAUCUAUCGUCCAAUAUCCUCGAUGUUCCCAAUUUCUUCUGGGACUCUGAACCAACUUUACAUCCACUUUACGCCGCCAUCCGCGAGUACCUUGAGAUCGACCCACGCAUCAAAGUUCUCAACGAGCGAUGCCGCGUCUUCCUCGAUCUUGCCGAGAUACUGUCCGACUCCGUUGCCGACGCAAAGAUGAGCUACAUCACUUGGAUCAUCAUUGUCCUGAUUAUCGUUAGUAUCAUGGUUACCGUUACAGAAGUAGCCAUCCGUUUCGGCAUGCUCAACAAGGCAAAGGGUACUGGUAUUGAUCCGGCAAUUAUCGUACCUGCUCUUGGUGAUGGCAUAUCUGGACAAGGCCAUGUUGCCUUGCCACCAAGUGACCUCGAAAUACUGGCGCAGACAUUGGGCCUACAAUCUAACGCCUCGUUCGACGAUGUUCAGCAGGGUAUUCUGGCUCUGAAAAAGAAGUCCCUUCCUGAUGCCUCGAUUGUACAUGCUUCGCACGAGGAUAUCUGA